AUCAAGAGCCCUUUAUUUCCUUCUGUUUUCUAUUCCAACUUACCUUUUUUCAUUCUAAAUCAACCAAUACUUCUCCUUGUAGAAGCAUUUGUGUCAGUUGUAGUGUGAAACACAAAGUAAACUGUUUACGUUCUAAUAAGACUUUGAGCAGCUAAAAAGAAGAUGGUUGAUGUUUGGAGCUUUAUUUGUGGGGACUGUGGUUUUUCUAAGAAUGGAGGAAAGCCUUUUUGUUAUGAUAUAAAUUUUUUGAAAGAUCCUUCCUCAUGCAUCAACCAUUUGAUGGUAACUUUUUUAGAUGUGUUCUUGUUGAUCAUGUUGUUGUUCAUGAUGUUCCUUAAGAUUUCGUCAAGACCCUUCUGGAGUUUAGUAAGAUAUUCAAACUUGCAGCUAGUCUCUGCCAUAACCAAUGGCUUUCUUGGGUUGCUACAAAUUUCCUUAGGAAUUUGGAUUUUAAAGGAAAAAUUAAGGAAAAAUCACGAAUUCUUUCCUCUUAAGGAGUGGUUGCUAGAAAUCUUUCAUGGCUUCACAUGGUUGUCAGUAAGUUUAACUGUAAGCCUUCAGCUAAAACAACCCUCGAGAGCAUGUUUGUGGAUUUGUUUUGUUCCUAUGUUCUUUGUUUGUGGUACAUUAUGCACCUUAUCCAUGUCUUACGCAAUUGGCGCCGGAAAAUUGUCCCUCAAGGCAGCUUUAAAUGUUCUAUCUUUUCCAGGAGCGGUUUUAUUGUUGUUAGGAACAUACAAAGCAUGUCAAUGUGAAGAUGCUAAUAGAGAAAUUGGUGAAAGUCUUUAUGCUCCUUUAAAUUGUCAUUUCAAUGAAGUUGAUCCUAUUAGCAAUGUAACCCCGUUUUGUAAAGCUGGAUUCUUUAGUAAGAUUUCAUUUUGGUGGUUAAAUCCAUUGAUGAAAACGAGUCAAGAAAAAACACUUCAGGAUGAGGAUAUCCCAAAAUUAAGAGAGUUUGACCGAGCAGAAACUUGUUAUUUGACAUUUGUGGAACAAUUAAACAAACAAAGACAAUGUGAAUCAUCAAAACAUUCAUCAAUUUUAUGGACAAUCAUUUUAUGCCACCAGAGAGAAAUUUUGGUAACCGGGUUGUUUGCUUUUUUCAAGGUACUCGCUCUAUCUUUUACUCCUCUACUUCUGAACGCCUUUAUAAUGGUUGCUGAGGGUAAUGAAAGUUUCAAAUAUGAAGGUUAUAUAUUAGCCAUGUCACUCUUCUUUAUAAAAAUCAUAGAAUCCCUAUCACAAAGACAAUGGUAUUUCCGCACUAGACUUGUUGGAAUGAAAGUUAGAUCACAACUUACUGCAACCAUUUCUAAAAAAAUAUUAAGGUUAUCCAAUACAGCGAGAUUGGUUCACUCAGGUGGUGAAAUAAUGAAUUAUAUGACGGUGGAUGCUUAUAGAAUUGGAGAAUUUCCAUUUUGGUUUCACCAAACUUGGACAACAAUCCUCCAAUUGUGUAUUGCAUUAGUAAUCCUUUUCCGCACAAUUGGACUAGCAACACUAGCAUCAAUGGCGGUGAUAGUUCUCACCGUGCUUUGCAAUGCUCCACUAUCAAAGUUACAAUACAAAUUUCAGAGUAAACUUAUGUUGGCACAAGACGAGAGAUUAAAGGUUAGUUCUGAAGCUCUCACGAAUAUGAAAGUGUUGAAACUAUAUGCAUGGGAAAACCAUUUUAAAAACGUUGUAGAUUGCUUAAGAAAUGUGGAACUCAAAUUGUUAUCUUCCGUGCAAUUAAGAAGAACAUACAAUGUCUUUCUCUUUUGGGCCUCACCAAUACUGGUAUCUGUUGCCUCUUUUUUGGCAUGUUACUUCUUGGAAGUUCCAUUGCAUGCAAGUAAUGUUUUCACAUUUGUGGCAACUUUGAACCUUGUUCAAGAUCCAAUUUCAAGCAUUCCGGAUGUUAUUACAGCGAUUAUUCAAGCUAAAGUUGCAUUUGCUCGAAUUGCUGUUUUCCUUAAUGCCCCGGAGUUGUUGAGUAAAAAUUUGAAGAAUGAGUGCUUCCGUGUUGACCUCAAAGGCUCAAUUUCAAUAAAAUCCGCUGACUUUUCAUGGGAAGGCAAUGCAUUAAAGCCAACAUUGAGGAGUAUAAAUUUUGAGGUUAGACAUGGCCAAAAGGUGGCUAUCUGCGGAAAAGUUGGCUCUGGCAAAUCAACCCUUUUAGCAACAAUUCUUGGAGAAGUUCCUAAAACAAAGGGAAUUAUUGAUGUUCAUGGGAAGUUCGCAUAUGUUUCUCAAACAGCAUGGAUACAAACAGGCACAAUACGGGAAAAUAUCUUGUUUGGAUCUGAAAUGGAUGACGAAAAAUAUCUAGAAACACUUAAGAGGUCUUCACUUCUAAAGGAUCUUGAGUUGUUUUGCUAUGGAGACCUUACUGAAAUAGGUGAAAGAGGAGUAAAUUUAAGUGGAGGUCAGAAGCAGCGAAUUCAACUGGCUCGUGCUUUUUAUGAGAAUGCUGAUAUAUAUCUAUUGGAUGAUCCAUUUAGUGCUGUUGAUGCUCAUACUGCAAAGAAAUUGUUUGAUGAAUACAUCAUCGAAGGACUCAAAGGGAAAACAGUCUUACUUGUGACACAUCAAGUCGAACUCCUCCCGAAGUUUGAUUCUAUUUUGUUGAUAUCUGAUGGGGUAAUCCUACAAACUGGUCCAUAUCACCAGUUAAUGACAUCAAGCCAAGACUUCCAAGACCUUAUCAAUGCUCACAAGGAGACUUCCGAUUCUGACCAACUUGCAAGUGUUACUUUAUCGCAGAGACAUUCAAGUUCCAAUAAGUGUACGCAAGCAAUCGUAUUAAAGCAGUUUAACGCACCAAAUGGCAAUCAAUUGAUUAAGAAAGAAGAAAGGGGGAAAGGAGACACAGGAUUGAAGCCUUACUUACAAUAUCUGAAUCAGAUGAAAGGCUAUAUAUUCUUCUCAAUGACUGCACUCACUGACCUUCUUUUUGUGGUUUUUUCGAUAUUGCAAAAUUCAUGGAUGGCUGCUAACGUUGACAAUCCACAUGUCAGCGCAUUGAAAUUGAUUUUAGUUUAUUUCACUAUUGGUGCUUUUUCAAUAGUUUUUAUAUUCACCAGAGGUCUACUUGUAGUUGCUUUAGGUCUUCAAUCAUCAAAUUAUUUAUUUUCACAGUUGAUGAACUCCCUCUUCCGAGCACCCAUGUCAUUUUAUGACUCUACACCAUUGGGAAGGAUACUAAGUAGGGUCUCAUCUGAUCUGAGCAUUAUCGAUCUCGACAUACCAUUUAGCCUCACUUUUGCUGUGGGAGCUCCAAUUGUUUUUUUUUCUAGUCUAACAGUUUUGGCUGUUGUCUCAUGGCAAGUCUUGAUAGUGGCUAUACCAAUGAUUUAUGUUGCUAUUCUCAUGCAGAAAUACUAUUUUGCCUUAGCAAAAGAAGUAAUGCGGAUAAAUGGUACAACAAAAUCGUCAUUAGCUAAUCAUGUAGCUGAAACAGUUGCGGGAGCUGCAACAAUAAGGGCUUUUGAGGAUGAAGAUCGUUCUUUUGAGAAGAACCUUUAUCUAAUUGAUGUUAAUGCUAGUUCUUUUUUCCAUAUUAUUGCCUCAAAUGAGUGGUUGAUCCAACGGUUAGAAAUAAUCAGUGCAAUUGUUCUCACCGCUGCAGCACUUUGCAUGGUUAUGCUCCCUCCUGGAACAUUCACAUCGGGAUUUAUUGGCAUGGCUCUAUCUUAUGGCCUAUCACUAAACGCUGCCUUAGUAUACUCAAUUCAACAUCAAUGCACUCUUGCAAAUUACAUAAUAUCAGUGGAGAGACUAAAUCAAUAUAUGCAUAUAAAAAGUGAAGCGGAAGAAAUAGUUGAAGAAAACCGUCCUCCUUUGAAUUGGCCAGUUGCAGGCAAAGUAGAAAUAAAUGAUUUGAAGAUACGAUACAGGCCUGAAGGACCACUUGUACUUCAUGGGAUCACAUGCACAUUUGAACCAGGCCGCAAGAUUGGUAUUGUUGGAAGAACAGGCUGUGGGAAAUCCACACUUAUUAGUGCUCUAUUUCGUCUUGUGGAACCAGCAGGAGGGAAAAUUAUAAUCGAUGGAAUAGACAUAACAUCUAUCGGUCUUCAUGAUUUGAGGUCACGUUUGGGUAUUAUACCUCAGGAUCCUAUCCUUUUUACUGGGACAGUACGAUAUAAUUUGGACCCUUUAUCUGAACAUACUGAUCAAGAGAUAUGGGAGGUUCUCGGGAAGUGUCAGUUGCGAGAAGUUGUCCAAGGGAAAGAAGAGGGUUUAAACUCCUCAGUUCUUGAAGAUGGAUCAAACUGGAGUAUGGGACAAAGGCAGUUAUUCUGUUUAGGGCGCGCUCUUUUGAGGAGAAGUAGGAUAUUGGUGUUGGACGAAGCAACUGCUUCAAUUGAUAAUUCUACUGAUCUUAUUCUACAAAAAAACAUUAGGGUUGAGUUUGCAGAUUGUACAGUGAUCACAGUAGCACACAGGAUACCAACGGUGAUGGAUUGCAAUAUGGUUCUUGCUAUAAGUGAUGGAGAACUGGCGGAGUAUGACGAGCCAACGAACUUGAUGAAAAGAGAAGAAUCUUUGUUUCGGAAACUUGUUAUAGAAUACUGGUCUCAUUUUCAAUCUGCAGAAUCGCAUUGACCUUUUUAUCUUACACUGGGAAGAAGACACACGUGAGGAAAUUAAGGAGAAAUAACAGAAAGGUGUCAUGUGACAGAUUGAGUGAGUAUGGAAAUUCUAGAAGUAACGUAAAAAUGAGAAGAAUUCUGAAUUUUGUGGAAAUAGAGGGUGAGGCAAAGUGAAGAAUUCUGUACCUGUUUCUUUCUUAAUUUACUUGUUGUAAGGAUUAGUGUUUCAGUCAUUGUCAUAGUUUUAUUCCCAACGUUUUUCAAUUGAAUAUUGUAACAAGAUCAUUUUAUCUCAUAUGGAUCAAAUUUGAGUUUCAAUAUUAA